UCCUCCUUCCAAGUUGAAAGGCUGGAGCAGAGCGGUUGGGGGGGCCCAGUUUGCCUUCCUGCUGGUCGGUUGAUGCAGCGUUUUCGUCCCUUUUCCAAGACAUUAUUGUUUGUUUCCCGCUCGGUGUGAUAUUUUUCACUCCAGCCUUUUGUUUCGCGAUGGCGGGGGCUAUUAUUGAAAAUAUGAGCACCAAAAAGUUGGUGAUAGUGGGAGUUAUUUUGCUUUUGUUUCAGGCGUUUGCCUUCAUGGUCGGCGGCUUAAUUGCUCCCAGCCCCACCACAGCGGUCCACUAUUUGGCCACCAAGUGUGUGGACACAGUCAAGCACCGACAGGAAACAAAAUGGUUCAUGCCUUGGGGUCCUGACCAAUGCGACAAGAUCCGGACCUUUGAUGAGGCCAUGGCCAAGAAGAUUGAGGCCAACAACAUAGUAUUUGCUGUCCACAUUCCUAUGCCUAACAAGGAGAUGAGCCCCUGGUUCCAGUUUAUGCUAGUCAUCCUGCAGUUUGACAUUGCCUUUAGGAUGUAUAACCAGAUAGAGGAUGGAGCGAUGGUCAACAUCGACGUGGGUCUGGCCUACAGAGACGACACAGUCAGUGAGUGGACAGAGAUGGCUCACUCUUUUGAACAGAGGAAACUCAGCUGCAACUUUACCACUCCCAGGACCUUUGAGAAUGAGGGACGUUACUAUGAGUGUGACCUGCUGCCCUUCAUGGAAGUUGGUAGCGUGGGCCAUAAGUACUAUCUUCUCAACAUCCGCUUGCCUGUAAAUGAGCGCAAGAAGGUCAACGUAGGGAUCGGAGAAAUAAAAGACAUUCGUCUUGUUAGCAUCCACCAGAAUGGAGGUUUCACGAAGGUUUGGUUUGCCAUGAAGACGUUCCUCACACCCAGCAUCCUAAUCAUCAUGAUCUGGUACUGGAGACGCAUCACCCUAAUGAGCAGACCCCCUGUGUUGCUGGAGAAGGUAAUCUUUGCUCUGGGCAUCUCAAUGACAUUCAUCAACAUCCCAGUGGAGUGGUUUUCUAUCGGCUUCAACUGGACCUGGAUGCUGCUUUUCGGAGACAUCAGGCAGGGCAUCUUCUACUCCAUGCUGCUCUCCUUCUGGAUCAUCUUCUGUGGGGAGCACCUCAUGGAUACACAGUUCUUUGCAGCAUGGGUUCUGGGCAGUGGACAAGUGAAGAAGUGUGAGAGCUGUGAACCAGCCACCAAAAUCUUCCCUGAACUUGGCCUUCAUCCCACAAAAAAGUUGCAGGACCAGACAGAGAGGAACCGUUUCUCAGUCUACUGGAAGCAGGUUGGACCCAUCGUCUUUGGCUCCUUCUGCCUCUUUAUCUUUGACAUGUGUGAGAGAGGUGUCCAGCUGACAAACCCCUUCUACAGCAUCUGGGCGUCUGAUAUAGGGACUGAGCUGGCUAUGGCAUUCAUAAUUGUGGCAGGGAUUUGUGCCUGUCUCUACUUCCUUUUCCUCUGCUUCAUGGUUUUUCAAGUCUUCCGCAAUAUCAGUGGCAAGAGGACAUCCCUGCCUGCUAUGUCCAAGGCCAGACGCCUGCACUACGAGGGUCUGAUUUUCAGGUUCAAGUUCCUCAUGUUGGUCACUCUGACCUGUGCUGCCAUGACUGUCAUCUUCUUCAUAAUCAGUCAGGUGAAUGAGGGUCAUUGGCACUGGGGAGAGCACACAGUGCAGGUGAACAGCGCCUUCUUCACCGGUAUCUACGGCAUGUGGAACCUGUACGUCUUUGCAAUCAUGUUCCUCUACGCACCGUCUCACAAACGCUAUGGAGGCGAGCAGUCAAGUGGUCAGUGCAUCACUCGAGAUGCUGGAGCAAACAGUGGAGAGGAUAUCCAGCUGACCACUACCAUUACCCAUGUCGAUGGUCCCACUGAGAUCUACAAGAUGACUGGCAAAGAGGCCCAGCAAUAGAUUUCACACUGUUAUUGGGACUCCCCUCUAUUACCUACUGCUCCACUCAUCCCCUCCCUCAUAUAUGUAAUCAGAUGGGCUUUUCUCUUUCCAUUGCCUGGUCCUGAAACAGCAUCAACAUUCCACCUUGCAUGUACCUAGUGGUCCCACGGUUGCUGCCCUCUUCCCAGCACCAAACCCUCAGCUGUGUAACUUGUUACGUACCACCCUUUUCCUAAAACUGCCUAUUGUAUCUCUAAAGGCUGAAUAUUAUCAACACUUCAAUUAGUCCUUUUCAUUUCAUGGUGGAAUUUUUUUCUUACAUUUCAUACUUUAUGUAAACUAUGUUGUGUUUGUAGAUGUUGCACAACGCUUUUGACACAAAGUCAGGUACUGAAAAGCUGCUUUAUAAAGAGAUUCGAGUGUAAAGAAAAACCAUUUCUUGGUCGUCAGAAGUUGCAUUUUACAGCAGUUGCUGUAAAUAUUUUCAAGUACAGUGGGGUUAUACUAAGUGGUUUGUAAAGACCUGAGCUUCUGACAAAGAUGGACAGCGAAAGCUUGUGGAUACUAUUUAGCCACUAGGUUUGAUUUUGUGCUUUAUUACCUGUUAUAUCCUCAGUCGAGGCGUUUAGAGCCUUUCACACAUACAUUCUCUUCCAUAGAAAGUAGAUCAUGUGGAGUACUGCUGUCAAUCUUAGUUUUUCAAGUGGUGGAUUUUUUUUUUUUUUUUUUUUUUUUAUAAUAGCAUUGGGAGAGAUGUACAGAUCACAUAGCCACUUUGGGAAAUGCAUACUGUACGUUCAUUAUGUUACAAUGUAGAUAUCUAUUUUUUAUAAAGUGCUUAUUUUCAGCUUCACAAAAUAUAUGCAUCAAGCUCUAUCAGUAUUUUUGAAGUUGACUGUAGCCUAUUACACAUGGUUCUUAGUUUUGUUCGCUUU